AUGAGUUUAUCAUCCAGCAACACCGACAAAAAAGGGAUGGAUAAGUUCCAGCUAAUUUCAAAAACAGUACAAGAACAAAGAUCGACGGCUGAUGCGUAUCCUUGCAGUAAAACCUUAACAAUUACAGAUCUCCCAGAUGACUGUCUACGCCAUGUACAUAAGAGACUAGAAGCCCGUACUGUCUAUAGUUCCUUUGGUUUGCACCUUAAAAGUUUGUGUCUAGGCGGUCUCCCUGAGGUAACAGAUUAUGCUAUAUCACAGAUACAAUUGUUUGGGUCAGAAGUUCGGUUUCUAUGGUUGAAGGAUCUUAUUAAAUAUCCAGAUAAGAAGUUGUGUUUGAUAUUUUCUUCGUUGCCUCAUUUGGAAGUUGUAUGUUUGAGCGGUACUCGUAUUACUGAUAAAGGUUUAGAAGUUCUGGCAAAAUGUUGUGCAUCCUUAGAGAGAGUCGACCUCGGAAAUUGUCAACAGAUUACUGAUGAGGGUUUAAAAGUCCUGUGA